AUGGGAACAGAAGAGGGCACGUGACUCAAAACCAACAGGACUGUAUGUAAACAGACCACGAGGAAGUGGUGCCUGGCAAGGAACCCACAGCUCUGGCAAGCAGGUCACGGGGGUAUUAAACCAAGAGGAGAUGCUCUGCGCAGGUGCCAAGGAGAUGCCAGUGGCGCUGGCCUUACGGUGGGCCCGGGAGGAAAUGCAGCGCCAUAAGCCAAGACCUGUAUGAGCCUGCGGCCACCAAGGCUGUACUUUGCUCCUUGAAAGAGCAAAAUCAACUGUCCGCUUAUCUUCAUGGGUAGCACACUACGUUCUGUACAAAAAGUAAUGCCAAGAUAACUGAACGGACAUCAGGAAGUCCCGUGAAACUUCCUCCUCUCCGCUUACGACAGUUACCUAUCUUGGUAAGCACAAAAGGAGCAGCGCGGCUGAAUAUCUCAGUCAACUGCUCAGUUCCUCGUCCCCUGCCUGCCCCACCAGAAUGGGAUUUCAAAGCGCAGGGGCUUUGCCCCCUUGACUAGGGAGUCGCCCUCCUCUAGAAACGACGUCAGGGGAGGGUGUUAACGCCGCCCCAGGGUGACCAGCUUAAGUGGAGGCGACACUUCUUGGUCAUCCUGGGGUGUCCGUUCAGGCGAAACUAGAUCUCUUGCCGAUAAAAACGCGAACCUUAUUCUCACAGCUCUGUUCCGGUUUUAGGAGUCCCGCUAAGAGUGUUCCUAACACCUGCCACUGACUGAACCGGAAAUCAAGGGCUUUACACGUAUCAUUCCAAAUCUUCACCAAGCCCUACCAAUUAGGGCACCUUUUACAGACUAGGAGAGGGAGUCACCUCGCUGGUAAAUACCGGGGUCCACCCCACUCCCCUGCCGACCUGUCUCCCCCAGCCUCAGUUCCCCGGCGGCAUCCGUCGGUGUGGGCGGAGAGGACAGGAGCCCAGGGUCCAGCGGCCCGAGGGCGCGUCUGCGGGUCUCCCGACGCCCCCCGCCCCGGAGCCCUCACUCACCGGCCUCCCUCCCCUCGCCCAGGAUCCGCCAAGCGGGGCCCGAGCGCCCGUGACGCCUCCGACGGGACGCGCCUAGGCCGCGGCCAUCUUUCUUCCGGGAAGAGGCGGACCAGGAACGGCGCGCGCUGGCGCGACCCCGCCGUGACGACGCCGGCGCCGCCAUCUUUCCCCUGGGCGGAAGUGGCCGCGCGGCCCUCCCGAGGCAACCAACGAGAAGGGCGCGCGUGCCCACGUGACGGGAGCCCACGUGACGGGCGCCCCGUAGCCCUCCGCGUCCGCCGCGGGGGGACGCGGCCUGCGCGCCAGCCGCGGAGCCUCGGACGCCUCCCGUGCGCGCGCGCGCGCCAUGAAGCUGUUGCGGCGCGCGUGGCGGCACCGGACGGCGCUGGCCCUGGGCGGCCUGGCGCUCUGCGGCGCCGGGCUGCUCUACCUGGCCCGCUGCGCCGCGGACGGCCCCCGCCCGCCGCCCGGCCGCGGCCCCCCGCCCGGCGGGCCCGCACGCGCCGCCGCCUUCCUGGCCGUGCUGGUGGCCAGCGCGCCCCGGGCGGCCGAGCGGCGCAGCGUGGUCCGCGGCACGUGGCUGGCGGCGGCGCGGCGCGGCGGCCCGGGCGACGUGUGGGCGCGCUUCGCCGUGGGCACGGGCGGCCUGGGCGCCGAGGAGCGGCGCGCCCUGGAGCGCGAGCAGGCGCGGCACGGCGACCUGCUGCUGCUGCCCGCGCUGCGCGACGCGUAUGAGAACCUCACCGCCAAGGUGCUGGCCAUGCUGUCCUGGCUGGACGAGCACGUGGCCUUCGAGUUCGUGCUCAAGGCCGACGACGACUCGUUCGCGCGGCUGGACGCGCUGCUGGCCGAGCUGCGCGCGCGCGAACCCGCGCGUCGCCGUCGCCUCUACUGGGGCUUCUUUUCGGGCCGCGGCCGCGUCAAGCCCGGGGGCCGCUGGCGCGAGGCCGCCUGGCAGCUCUGUGACUACUACCUGCCCUACGCGCUGGGCGGCGGCUACGUGCUCUCGGCCGACCUGGUGCACUACCUGCGCCUCAGCCGCGAGUACCUGCGCGCCUGGCACAGCGAGGACGUGUCGCUGGGCGCCUGGCUGGCGCCGGUGGACGUCCAGCGCGAGCACGACCCGCGCUUCGACACCGAGUACAAGUCCCGCGGCUGCAGCAACCAGUACCUGGUGACUCACAAGCAGAGCCUGGAGGACAUGCUGGAGAAGCACCAGACGCUGAUGCGGGAGGGCCGCCUGUGCAGGCAGGAGGUGCAGCUGCGCCUGUCCUACGUCUACGACUGGUCCGCGCCCCCCUCGCAGUGCUGUCAGAGGAAGGAGGGCAUCCCCUGAGCUGCGGCCGCAGCCGACCCGCCGCGAGUCGCACGGAGGCCGGGACAGGGGCCCCAAGGCGGCCGCCGCCGCGACGGUCGUUCAGGGCCCUGUGAGGCAGCCGCUGAGGCGGCCUCCCGCCGGCCUUGCACGGGCACGGCUGACGGGUUCUGGCCGGGUGUCCGGAAGGAGCCCAGCCCUCAAGGGGACCUGGCUUCUGCGGCGACCGGUAGGGUUUUCAGGCAGACGCCAAGCGGCGGCGGACAGCUCGCAGGUCCCAGCUCCGGUGGGCGCGCCCAGGACCGUGCACCCCAGCGGCCGCCACCGGGCCUCGCUCGGGAGCAUCUUGUUCUGGGCCUGGGAGGCCCCUGGGACUUGCCAGGGCAGCACCUUACGUCCAGGUAGAAACGUCGGGUCCCUGGAUCUCAGCCGGCAUCGGCCUGGCUGUGAAGACGCCCAGCUUUGGGCGAGCUGGCAGGGCUUUGCCGCCGCGCCCCGGCCUGUCCUCCCGACGUAGGGGCCAGCAGCAGCGAGAGGCUGGAGCUGACGGGCCCUUGCGGGCCUGACCACAGAGAAAGAAUCUGGACUCGUUCAGGGGUGGGGACUGUGCCUUGUCCUGCAUCCUGUGGUGACCGUCCACGUAGGAAAUCACUGCCCAGAGAGCCGCGGCUGCAGGGAUCUGACCUUCGGGCCCUUGCAUGUUGCACCUUCGCUGCGACGCACUCCAGUGGCUUUUCAUCCAAAUUGCUGUAGCCGUAUCGAGUUAGGUUACCUGCUUCUGUGUUUCGUGUUGGUACCAUUUGUCAUGUGCAAGUCUAGGGUUUACACUUGGUGUCACUGUUUCACAGCCUCAGUGGUGUUUUGGUCUGUGUUGCUCCAAAGUGAAUCUGUGAUCAGUGUGCUUCGGCACGAGUCUGUGACUUAUAAAUAUUGUAAAUUCGUGUAGAUAAGAGUUUUAAGUUGGGAGCAUGUGGGUCUCAGUAUAUUUUUUAAAUUAUUUAAGGGAAGACUUUUCUAUCAGAACUUGGAAUUUGUGGAUUAAUCUGUUUUUACAGCUUGAGUUGUAGGCUCGUUGCUGCAUGUGUGUUUAAAUGUGGAAGAAUUCUAAAAUUGCCCAUUUCUCUUUUUAGUUGACACUGGAAAGUCAGUCCCACUGUCUCUUUCUGAGAAGACUCCUUUUAAGGCUUCCUCACGGCCGUGCAGGCCAAAGUGUUCCUCACAUGCACAUCUGUUAUUUUAGACUCUGGGUCCAAGUUCCAGGAAUCUGAACCCUUGAAAGUACCGGUGAGGUGUCCGUUCUGUCUUUAGAAAGGCUUCGCCGGCUGCCGCGUCCUUUUGGAGACAGAACGCAUUUACGUGCACCGCCCCCCUGACCGAUCACCCCUCAAACCUGGACACAUCCUCGGACACUCGGGCUCCCUUUUUUCCCCAUUAAAUGUGAAAGUGAGCGCUGUGACCGUCACAGAAGUCAAAUAGAGAGGCUCCGGGACAGCCGCGAGCCCCUCCCGGUGCAGUGGUGUGUGGUCCUACAGAGCUCUUCUGGGGUCUGACCUGGGUUUGCUGUCUGGGGAGCCUGGCCACGCGGCCAGUGUCCGCAGUGCACCUCGGGCAACGCAAACAGAAGGCACAGACCUCUGACCUGCCACUCUCUGGUGUUCUCGGGCCAUGGAUCGUAAGAGCGGGCGUCUUAGCUUGGGCUGAGGUAACAAAAUGCCACAGAUGUGUGUCCCUCACAGUCUGCAGGCUCUAAAAUCACAUGUGAUCCGCCCCACCUGGGCUGGGUGGUGAGGGCCCUCUUCCCGGCCUGCAGACGGCUGCCUUCUCACCACGGCCUUGUGACGGGAGAGAGCCAAAGCGAGUGCCUGGUGUCUCUUUUUACAAGGACGCUGAUCCCACCAGAGGGCCCACCCGCAUGACCUCAGCUACCACCACCUCCAGAUACUAUCACAUUGGAAGUUGAGGCUUCAGUCUGAGUUUGGGGGGAUGUAGUCCACAGCGGCAGGUUUGGGUUAUUUUUGUUGAAAGGUAGAAGGAUAUCCGGAGUCUGGAGUCUUGGGCCAGAAGGAAGCGGGGGAUGGUCUUGUGGUUGUGAUUCUCCUACCUUUAGAAGGUGGAAGCCGGGCCAGAGAGGUCCCAAGAUCUGACAAAUUCUGAUUACAAGGUGAACGUCGGCUUUCUGAUUGGCCAGUUCGAGCCAGGACUGACCUUCCCCCUGUGAACACCUGGUUCACAGGACAAGGGUUCACAGGAGGAACCAGGUUUGGGGACACCGGGGUGAGCAGAAUGGGACCCUGCCGACCUUUUUCACCUGAACGUGUUGUGUGAACGUCGGGAUCGUCGGAGGAGUUGGCGUGUGCCCGUGUCCGUCCUUCUUCUGCAGACAGCUUGCCGGCACCCACGUGCCGGGGGCAGAGCCAGGCUCCGAGCCCAGGGGUGGACCUCUGAUCCCUGCCCUGCGUUGCAGUCCUGCUGUAGUUUCCGGUUCCUCCAGAGCACACCCCAUGGGAAGGAAGCAUGGCAGCCAUGUCCAAGGCCUCCUUGUAAAAAAUCUAAAAACCCAGACGUGUCUCUUGAGGCGAGGGGGACCUAUGAGACUGAGCAUUCGCUUGAAUCACAUGAAGGUGCCAGUAUGCAACCAGUUUUGACAAAAAUGGAAACUUCCAAUUGUUCAGCUGAAAUCAUUAAAUUUCCAUACAGAACAAACCCUC